CAAUGUGUCCGUCCUCAAUCUGCUUUUGGUUGUCAGGUUCUCCAGCAAGCAGCCCGGAAAAUGGUGCCUCGGGAAUCAAACCAUGGGCUGAAAUGUCAUCGUGCAGUUGAGAUUGACAGUGGUCUAUAAAUGACAGAUUUCCCAACCCUCAAGUACUAAAUCUCUGGAUAAAUGCAUUCACGAUGGCUGAAGAACAUGGCAUUCAGUCAAUUGAAAAAUGGACAGAAUCUGAUGUCAGCUCCUGGUUGAAGUCCAUAGGAGUGAAGGAGAAUUACAUUCGGAAGAUUCAUGAGGAGGAAGUCGAUGGGCAAGUUCUCCUAGGACUAACAGAGGACUAUCUAAAAAAAGACAUUGGAAUGAAAUCAGGGCCAGCUCACUUGAUAAUCCAAAAAAGAAAUGAUCUUAUUCAGUCUUCACACCCUCACAAGCCUCAAAAAGGCUCGAGUAAUAAGCAACAUGGUAGCAAGCAGGAAGGAACAGACACUGAUGCCGGAACAAAGCAAGUCCCUCCUGAUGCAGGCACACAGUCACAUCUGGGACAGUCAGCAAGUGUAUUAUCCACAAAGAGAGACUGCAAACCGCGACCCCUUGGCAAAAAGGGUAUUGACUUCACAUACUUAAAGCACAGUGUGCUGCAGCCAGAAUCUGGUGUUUCUGAUCUUAUCUCACCAUGUCACGAGUACAAAUCUUUUGCCACAGCUGCUACAUUAGAUCGUGUAAGGCUCCAGGCAAAGUUUACCAGAGAGGUUUUCAAAUUUGGCUCUGCAUGCAUGAAUAUUCGUUCAAACGGUACAAUACAUUUUGGUGUAAUGGACAGUAAAGGUAACACUGGCUAUGUGCAUGGUGAGAUAGUAGGUGUUCCUGUGAAAGAGAAAGACAUGUACACUGAUGCAUUUGAUCAUAUGAAAAGGAGUUUUCGUGACUCCGACAUUGAACAGGUUCGGCUCUGCAUACGUGAGCCAGAGUUCAUAAAGGUUGUAGACAGCACAGAGGAAUGCUAUGUGGUAGAAGUUGACAUUGUGCCUGAAAUCAGCACAGUGAGAAACAGAGUUUACCCUGUCCGUCUGCCAAACUUUAAAGAAGCAUCAAAUAAGCUUGAGUUUGAAAAGGAAACAAUCUAUCACAGAAAUGGCCCUAACUCAGAACCAGUUAAUGAUCUGAAUGAUUUCUACCAACGUGUGAAAGACAGAGAUGCCAAAAGACAGGAGGCUGAACAGUCAUUCAGUGCACCAGAUAUCCCUGAAGAUCUCGGGAGGAAAUUGAAGAUGCUGGUAACUGAUGGCAAAAAAAUCAUCGACAAAGAGAAGUGGUACAUUCUUGUCACAAACAAAUUUGAAAGUGAGCACUUGAGUUGCAUUGACUUCUUGCUGAACAUGAAGAUAUUCUGUGUCUUCGACUUUGACCCUGAUUCUAAAAUAUCUGGAUUCUGCAGUAAAUACCUUGAUCACCAUGAAGCAAACCUACAUUUUUUGCAGAGCUACAGAAUUCCAAGUGAGAUGAACAUCAGUGCAUUUGAGAGCCACUUGCAUUUGUUUGAACAUGCAAGUUGGAUUUUUUGCAAUGGACGAAAUGAUUACCGUGGAAAUGAAACUCCUUGUGAUGAAAUGACCUGGAUCAAAACUAAGAAGACUCUUCUUAAGGAAGCAGUUUCAGUAAUCUGUAAGCAAAUCCUACCACAGGGCACCUUUUUGGUGAUUUUUCUCCUCACUUCACCAGUGGACCUGCCUAUGGUUCACACUUUCUAUGAGUUCUAUGCUGAGAUGCAAGGCCAUGAAGACAUCAUUUGCAUUUCAGAAACGGAAGAAAUUCACAGCAAGUGGACAGGCCUCGCUCAAGUAUCUUGCAGCUUGGAGACUGUGAACUGUAGGAGUGUUGCAGGGUUGAAACUGAACCACGUGAAUGCAACAAUACAGAGCAUUCUGCCACUUGCCACUAUGGCUUCAAAGCAUUUACCUGUCUCCAGAAAAGCUUUGUGUCUGCUUGAAACUAUCGAAGAAGAAAGGAUGUCCUCCUUAGAGAUCCUGUGUGCUGACCAGUGUGACAACACUGGUGAUGACCCUGAGGCUGAAAAAGAAAGAGAAAAUGUUGAAAAGCAGUUUUACCAUGGAGGAAAGGUGAGCUGGAUGAACUUUUGGCUUGCAGAAAAGAAAAUUGUUGGGGAGCUGAUCCAGAGAGACACAUUUAAGGAUAUUUCCAAACUUCUCAGUGAAACUCCAAAGUGGAGCGUGGACCAAAUACCUGUCAACAUUAUCAAUAUAUACCACCAUCCAGGCAGUGGUGGGAGCACAGUGGCACGACAGGUACUUUGGAGCAAUAGAAAAGACCUGAGAUGUGCAGUUGUAAAGCCAUCAUUCUCUGUAGCUACUGUUGCAGAACAUGCUGUUAAACUGCGAGAGUAUGAAGAAAAUGACCCACAUAAAUGCCUUCCAGUACUCCUGCUGGUUGAAGACUGUGAGAAAGAGUACCUGGAUGACCUGAGAUACGAACUGGAAGUGGCCAUGAAAACGAAGAAAAUCAAUCAAGGGACAUUGUGUUUUGUUCUGCUGAGCUGCAGACAGUCACGCGAUCCAGAAAAAAUGUGCAAGGUAUCACCUUUACAGAACUUCUCCGUCACUCAUAAACUGUCAGCAGACGAGAAAAAACAGUUCACACAGAAACUGAUUGAGCUGAAAAAACAGUACCUGCCUGAGCACAUCUUGACAUUUGUGCUGAUGAGUGAAGAAUUUGAUAGGGCAUAUAUUAUCAAAUUUGUGAGAGAUUUGCUAAACGGCAUUAACCACUCUUCUGUCGCCACUCGCCUCAUCCUAUAUGUGGCAUUACUGAACACACAUGUGCAGAACUCCUAUCUCUCCCAGUCUCAUUGUGAGACACUCUUGCAGCUGACCAUUCACAUGAAAAAAACUGAGUUGGUGACCACUGAGAGAAAAUCCAGUGAAAGAUUCAGAAGACACUUGUUUGAAUCAUCCUUAAGCGAGCAGGCUAAACUGCUUUUCAUACAUCUGAGAAAUGAGAAGACAAACAUCCAGUUUAUACGCAUGAUUCAUCCCUUAGUUGCUGAAGAAGUUCUCCGCCAGCUGUUAGGCAGCCACCAGCAGCAGAGCAAGGUAGCCACAGAUCUUCUUCAGGAAGAUGUGCUCUUUGAAAACAGUUUUGGAAAAGGAGAAUAUCACAAAUUUCUGCGGGAUCUUUGUAUGAAGCGCAACAAGAUCAGCAGAGGUGACAAGUCUGACAGUUCCUUUUCCCCUCUCAUCGAACACGUGCUGAAGACAGAAACCAAAGAGAAGGCAAUAGAGAUUCUGAAAGAAGGAUACACACGUUUUGGAGAUGAUGCCUUCUUUGCUCAGCAACUUUCACGUUUGCAUUACACAUAUGAAAUGUUUGAGGAAGCCAAAUACUGGGCAGAGGUAGCAGAAAAGAAGAUGCCGAACAACUCCUACAUCUUAGAUACAAAAGGCCAGGUUUACCGGAGAUGGUUCAAUGCCAAAUGCAAAUUGCUUGAAAAAGUGGUUGUAACACCUGAAAACACAGUGGAUGCAAUUGCAACAGCAAUAGAAGCAAUGGAGUGCUUCAGAGCUUGUGAGGCCACAGCCAACUCCGACCAAGAAUCUCUGAACAAUUCAGGCUAUUUCUCAGAAGUUGACUCCAUUUUUGAUGUUUUGAAGCUCCUUUUUCAAGUAUUUCCUGAAGGAGACAAAGGACACUCAGAAUGUCUGCAGUACCUGGUUACUGGUUAUAUUCCAGAGGAGGUGAAAAAACCCUGGGCACCUUUUCACAGUACACUGAAGUGCAUUCACAAGAACAUGUGUGAAGCUCUUGAAAGGAUCUCUGAAGAUCUGACCCACUUCCAGACUGCUGUCACUGCAGAGGAUGAAUCUCUCAGCUCUGAAAUGAAAUUAAACAAUCCAAUGAAGUGGUUAGCAAAAAGAUCAUCCUGCUAUGGUACACUUUUCAGAGAGGCACCAUUCCAUACAUUUAAGCAGAGUCAGUUGUUGAAGCGCAUGAACAUUUUCAGCCUCGGUGGGGGUAACAUGACUACAAUCUUUUCCCUCUUGUCUGAAAAGAAAUCAGCACCACUGGAACAGAUCAUUGCUGCAUAUUCUGGGAACAAGAGGAAACUUGAUCAAACAGAACUGGCCAUCUACAUAGCAUCCCAGAUUGCUUUGGGUUGCCUUUCACCAACCUCCUCCAAACUUGAAAAACUUGAGGAACUUAGGGAGCUUUGCCAGCAGUUUAGAAAAGAGAGAGGCAGAUACGUGCCUAAUGCUCUUUUCUUGCAAACACUGCUUUUCUGGCCAGAUGUUGAUGACAACAAGCAUGACAGAGAUGCCAACUAUGAGGUUGUCAUGUCAGCUGUUGAUGCUCUCAAAAAAAGUUACAGUAUCAAAAUGAAAAGCGUGCCUCAAAAAGAAAAGAGAAUUUUCACUCAUUUCUUCCUUGGCAAUGGAAAUGGACUGAGCAAGAUUGUGCACAAGAGCAAGAUGGAAAAGCUCACCAAGCUGCUCACAAUGUCAGAAAGGAGAAUGAAGUGGCUCAGUGGAGAUGUGUGGAAAAUGCAUGAGAUUGCAGUGCUGUUGAGGCGUGUUCAAGGCUGGACAGAAGAUGGAAAAGUCUAUAUCCAGGGCUCCGGAGGCAAACCAUUUAUGAUACAUGCUUUGAACUCAGAUUCAGUCCCUUAUGGUAAUGAGAAUGUUGAAUUCUACUUGGGAUUCACAUUUCAAGGGCCAGUAGCUAACGGCAUCACAGUCAGCAAGAGCAGCUAGGUACAUAAGACAGGAUGAGGUUCAGUGAACACACCCCACCACCCAAAUGUGACUUAACCCAUUAAGACCGGAUGCACCGUAUAAGUCAUUCUCCCUUUAAGACCGGCUGCGACAUCGGAGUCUUUCUACCUUUAAAGCCGGAUGCGACGUGUACGACUUUCAUAAGAUGUCAUCGUUUUCAAGACACGUGGCCGAUGAAAUGUAUAGUGAUUCACUGACAUACACAUGGGGACCGCAAAAUGCAUUAUGGGAAAUGUUGUUUGUUUUGGUUUUUAGCGCUAUUAGCUUCCGGAAAAGUUUUUGAAGUUUCACGCAGCGAAAUGGCCGAUGAUCUGAGUGAGGGGAGCGAUAUUGAAGCUGAUUACAGCAUUAUUUUGGAU